AUGCGAGGGUGGACUGCUGAGGGCGGGGACUGGUGGGGGCGGGGCAGGCUAUGUGGCCUUUGGGUGGGCAUUGUGUUCGAUUGUUUUGACUGCAGGAAGGGCCUUGUUUGGGAGGGUGGAGCUGGGUGUGGCCUGGGCACGAUGGAGCAGCCGGCCAGAUGGGGGCUGGACACUGGCCACAUAGUCAAGGGGAUGACAUGCUGCCUGGCGAGCUUGAGCAAAGGGGAGGAGAAGGGGGAGUUGUGUAAAUGGGGCACCUGGCAUUCUGGCUUCCUGACUGUCCCAUUGGGACCCAAGUACAGAGCACCACGCUAG